GUGACGGCGGGGAAGCUGUGGACGGAGAACAAAACAGGCCAGUUUCUGUUCGAAACGUAAAGAUCGUAAAGUAAAAAACGUAGUGAAGUGGUCUGAGUAUUUCUUAAAAAAACGACAGGCUCUGAGAAUCACAGAAGCGCACCUCAGUGAAAUACUGUCCAGCUAGCUCACAAAAGACCUUCGCGACACACGGCGUAGUGACGGAUUGACAGAGAAUACUGUAAAAGGGUUAGGGCUUACCGGCAAGAUCUGGCACCAUGUCCUUCAGAGACUUGAGAAAUUUUACAGAGAUGAUGAGGUCUCUGGGUUACCCUCGGCUCAUAUCCAUGGAGAAUUUUAGGACGCCAAACUUCUCCUUGGUAGCAGAAAUCCUCAUCUGGCUUGUCAAAAGGUACGAGCCACAGAUGGAAAUCCCCACUGAUGUGGACACAGAACAGGACCGCGUUUUCUUCAUCAAAGCAGUUGCUCAGUUCAUGGCUACAAAGGCACACAUUAAGCUCAAUACUAAGCGCCUGUACCAGGCGGACGGCUACGCGGUGAAGGAGAUGCUGAAAAUCACAGCCUUGCUUUAUAACGCUAUGAAGACCAAGGGAAUCGACAGCGGGGAUAAAGAGGAAACUAACAAGUUCAAGUUUGACCUUGGCUCUAAGAUUGCUGAUUUAAAGUCUGCGAGGCAGCUGGCAUCGGAGAUCACCUCUAAAGGUGCCACUCUGUAUGACUUGCUGGGGAAGGAGGUGGACCUGAGGGAAAAGAGGACAGCAGCCAUUGCAAGACCCCUUGAAAUAAACGAGACAGAAAAGGCCUUGAGAGCAGCUGUCAAGGAAGCGUUGGAGCACGUCCAGAAGACUAAGGACACGCUGGACAACGUGGCCUCAGACGAAGCCAACCUGGAGGCCAAGAUUGAGAAGAAGAAGCUGGAGCUGGAGAGGAACCAGAAACGUCUGCAGACCCUCCAGAGCGUCCGCCCAGCGUUUAUGGAUGAGUAUGAGAAGAUCGAAGAAGACCUUCAAGAGCAGUACGAGACGUUCGUAGACAAGUUUCGCAACCUGUGCUACCUGGAACAGCAGCUGGAGGAUUAUCACAGGGUGGAACAGGAGAGGUUUGAGGAGACUGAGAACACCCUCCGGCUGAUGCAGAACAAGCUAAGGGAGGAGGAGAAGAGACUGAUGAAGAGUGGGGGCAAGGAGGAUGAGUCGGACAUGGAGAUCCAGGAAGAUGAGGGAUCAGACAGUGACAUGGAGGACCGGAGACCAACCAAGCCCCGCCCCACCAGGGGCCGCCCCAUUCCAGGCAGAGCUGGUGCCCGCAUCGUGGGAACAAUGCAUGGAGGAGACAGUGAUGAGCUUAAAUUGGCAGCAGCUACGUCACUCUCAACCACCGCCCCUCGGAAGAGAGAAAAGGACGACUCCGAGGACAGUGAGAUUGACGUCGACGACGACGAUGAAGAUGAUGAUGAGGAAGACGAUGAAGAGCACAAGGAUGCAGUGGAUGAUCUGGACAGCGUGGACUCCCCUCUGUCCAAACCCAGCCAUGCACCCCCCCGGGGGUCCCGCAAGCCCGAACCGCAGGAGGAGAGUGACAACGACUUCUGAACAUAACCCCCACACACACACACACACACACACACACACACUCUCUCUCACUCUCUCUGCUGCUUAUGGUUUGUAGCUAUUUUAAUUCCACACUGUUGAUUCCAACCAUUUGAAUGCAAUUCAGUUCCUUUCUUUAGGUUCACUUGCUCUCUGCACAUAAAAACCCUACAAAUACAGGCAACAGAGCAGCAAUGAAAUCAUUGAAUACUGCAGAAUUAGGAAUUUGUACUCAGCUGUGUAAAAAAUAAAGAAAGCUACUGAACAAGG